AUGAGCUCUCAAGUCCAUGUCGGUAUCGUCGGUGCAGGGAUCGGUGGCCUGGCGGCAGCCAUUGCAAUUUGCCACGCCGGUGCUCGGGUGACCGUGUUGGAGGCUGCCGAAGAACUGGGAGAAAUUGGCGCGGGUAUCCAAAUGACCCCCAACGUCUCCGUGCUCCUUCAAAGAUGGGGCGUGGAUAAGGUUAUCGGUGACAACCUGGUCCAGUUUGAGGAGCUGAAUAUGCGCCGCAAAGAUGGAACCCCGGUGGGAUACACCGAGAUUCCGACUAUUGAGCGAGACUUGAAGCGACCCUGGUGGGUGGUUCAUCGGGCUCAUCUUCAUGAGGGCCUAGUUACCGUCGCUUCCAAAGCCGGGGCUGUCAUCAAGGUCAACUCGCGAGUCACCGAAAUAGACCACCAGGCAGACCAGGUGACCGUGACCACUCACCAAGGAGCUACAUAUAAGUUUGAUCUCUGCAUCGGAGCGGACGGAGUGAACAGCGUUGUCCGGCAGACGCUGUUCCCGGGUGUUCGUCCGGAGCCACCGACAAAAAAUUGCGCAUACCGUGCGGUUGUACCCUACGAUCAAAUUCGCCAAGAUCCCAUUGCAAAGGAGCUCAUCGAGAAGCUUACGAUGGAGGUGUGGAUGGCACCCAACUCGUAUAUCAUUACCUAUCCAAUCUGUGCGGGCAAGGUGUUUAAUCUGGUCCUAUCGCAUCAUCGCCCCGAAAAGCUGCGAGCUACUCAACCGGACAUUCCGAUUGAGGAGCUGCGGGAGGAGUAUAAGGACUACGAUCCUCGGAUCAAGCGCAUCGUGGAUAUGAUACCGGAAGUGUCCCGCUGGCCACUCAUGGUGACUGGACCUCUGGAGUCCUGGUCAUCGCCUCAGAAGAACGUGGUUAUCAUGGGCGAUGCGGCGCACUCCAUGGUCAACCACAUGGCGCAGGGAGCGGCUACUUCCAUGGAGGACGGAGCGUUCCUGGGCAAAUGUGUGGAAGGCGUUGUUCAAGGAAAGCUGAGCCUGCGGGAAGCGGUUGGCAUAUACGAAACCGAGCGUAUGCCCAAGGCGUACGAGAAGCAGCAGGUGUCAUUUAUCAAUGGAGCUAUCUGGCAGUUGCCGGACGGCCCGUUGCAGGAAGGACGAGAUGCUGCAAUGGCCGCGGAGUUGGCGGGCAAGUACUUUGUACGCAGCAGCAAUCUCUAUGGAGAUCCUCAGACGGUGCUGGAUGUCUACGGAUACGACGUUCAGGGGCACGCACAGGAUGCGAUCGAGAAGCACUGUCGCGGUGGCAAAGAGCUGGCUCACUCCAUGACCAAAGUUACCCCGGCCUUGCAGCGCAAGUACAUGGAUUGGUUCCUGCCCGACCAAGGCCGGAAAUCCGCCGAGAAGCUGUGA